AUGAUUGCAAUAAUCGUCGCGCUGAUUACAAUAGCUGUCCUAUAUUUAUACGGCACCAAAGACUACAAGUAUUGGGAGAAGAAAGGCAUCAAACAUGAAAAACCUAUCCCGUUCCUCGGCAACAACGCAAGGAACUUCCUCAUGCGGAUGAGCACCACAGAACUGCUCGUCGAAAUGUACUGGAAGUAUCCGAAUGAGAAGGUGGUGGGUUUUUACAGGGCGUUCCGAAGAGAACUGAUUAUACGCGAUCCGGAGAUAGCCAAGCGAGUGCUGACGACGGACUUCGUGCACUUCUACCCGCGAGGAAUCAAUCCGCACAAGAAGCACAUCGAGCCGAUGCUCCGAAACAUUUUCUUCGUGGACGGCGACGUCUGGCGUCUGCUUAGGCACGUA